CCCCUCCCCCGCAGUGGCAGCCUGAGCCAGGCCGACCGCGGGGCCAAGAUGAGUGCCAAGGACCUGUUUGAGCAGAGGAAGAAGUACGCCAACUCCACCAUCAUCAUGCAGGAGACCUCCCAGUACCACGUGCAGGUGAGCGGCGGCCCCGCGGGGGUGGCCGCCCCCGUGCCCGGGCAGCCCGCCUGGGCGCAGGCAGUGUCCAGGCACAUACGAGCCCCCGUCCCCCAGGAGGAGUUGGAGGACUUCCCGCUGACCACCGUGCGGCACAGCCAGACGGUGCUGAACCAGCUGCGCUACCCGUCGGUGCUGUUGCUGGUGUGCCAGGACACGGAGCAGAGCAAGCCGGACAUCCACUUCUUCCACUGCGACGAGGUGGAGGCGGAGCUGGUGCACGAGGACAUCGAGAGCGCGCUGACUGACUGCAGGCUGGGGAAGAAGAUGCGGCCACAGACCCUCAAAGGGUCUGGUCCGUCCAUCCUGGCACACCAGAGUGGACGGGGUUCCAGUCUCAGCCUGCACCUGAAUGCAUGGGUCCGCGGCCGGGAAGGCCUGGCAGCCCAGGCCGAGGGCGCCCCAGGGAGUGCCGGCACCACCUCAGUGCGCACGCCUGGCUCUGGCCCCCGGAAGCGCAGGUCGCCGGCCGCCCCCCUCGGCCUGCCACUGAGGCCAGCCCCAGCCUCCAGCGCCCCCCCAGACAGCGCAGCAGGAGGGCAGCGACCGGCCUCAGCGCCCGCCCCGCCCCGCCCACACAGGGGCUUCGAGCCCGCCCCGGCCACGCCCAGGUACACCAAGGUCCUGUACGACUUCACGGCGCACAACGCCAACGAGCUGUCGGUGCUUAAGGACGAGGUCCUGGAGGUGCUGGAGGACGAGCACCACUGGUGGAAGCUGCGCAGCCGCAGCGGGCAGACCGGCUACGUGCCCUGCAACAUCCUCCACGAGGCCGGGCCGGCGGACCUGGGCGGCCCCCUGGACCAGGCCCGUGGGAAGUACUGGGGUCCUGCCAGUCCGACCCACAAGCUGCUCCCCAGCUACUCUGGCAACAAAGAUGAGCUGAUCCACCAGAUGGACGAGGUCAACGACGAGCUGCUCCGCACCAUCAGCAACUUGAAGGUGCAGCCGCAGCGCCACUUCCGCGUGGAGCGCAGCCAGCCGGUGCGCCAGCCGCUCACCUACGGGUCCGGCCCGGAGGAGGUCCGCGCCUGGCUGGAAGCCAAGGCCUUCAGCCCGGG